AUGGAGGCGGAUUAUGACGAAACAUUCAGUCCUGUGCUCCAAGAUGAAGUGUUUAUGAAGCAGCCCCAAGGCUUUGUUGAUCCUACAUAUCCUAAUUUUGUCUGCAAACUUUGGAAGUCCCUAUAUGGCUUAAAAGAAGUCCCCUAUGCAUGGAGUGCCAAAUUUACAGGAUAUUUACCUACUAUGGGAUUCACAGUGUCUCCUUCUGAUUCAAGCCCCUUUGUCAAGAAAACUUCAUAUGAUAUUCUUAUUCUUCUAUUGUACGUUGACAACAUCGUCCUCAUAGACUCUAAUCUUGAGCUUGUCAACUCUGCUUAUGGCAAGAUGUUUGCCAAUCAGGCUAAGUAUGCUAAGGAUUACUCAAGAAGGCUGCCAUGCAUAGGUGUAAACCCUGUAGUACACCUUUCAAACCUCGUCAGCAAGCUUUGA